AUGUCACCCCCCUUCGUCCUAGACAAUUGGAUCCCGAUCCUCCUCCUGAUCCUCGCAUACAAGAACCUCCCUUUCAUCCGCUUCCUCCGCACCCUCAUCACCCGGCUUAUCAUAUCCCCCAUCAACCACAACCACCUCCACCCAACACACCUCUUCCUCCCCGCCAUCCACCGCACCCGCUCCCCGGUUUUCGAAUGCGACUACAACAUCCACAAGUCCAACUCAACCUACUUCACCGACCUGGACAUCUCGCGCGGAAAUCUCAGCCUGCUGCUCUUCAGCCAGGGACUAUCCUUUCGUCCCUCUCGCCACUACGCAGUCAUGAUCCUAAGCGGCGUGCAGUGCGUGUUUCGUCGUGAGAUUAAGCCAUACCAGGGGUAUGAGGUUUGGUCGAGGGUGAUGAGCUGGGAUGAGAAGUGGGUGUAUAUUGUUUCGCAUUUUGUGGAACGGGGGGUGUUUGAGGUUGGGGGGAGGGUUUUGCAGGGGACUUCUUCUUCUUCUUCUUCUUCUUCUUCUUAUAUGAAUACGUCUACUUCUUUAUCUGGAUCUGUGAAGCAAAGUGAAAGAAACGGGACUAAUGGAAAGGAAGAUACACAAAAAAAGGUCUUCGCGUCUGCUGUCUCGAGGUACGUGUUUAAGCAGGCGGGGAGGACGUUUUCGCCGCGGGAGAUGCUGGUCAAGUGUGGACUUUUACCAAAAGAUACAGAGAAAGAAGGGGGCGACGGUAUGGAAGAAAUGUUGAAGGGAAUUGAGCAGCGUCGGAAGCGCGAUUUAGAGGCGGCGCAGUUGAAGAUGGGCUGGGAUGCGGUGCAUAAUUCGUUCGAUCCGGACAGUCUCCACGACAUUCUGUCCGCUCGCCACUUAACCACCCUCGCCGAUCACGAUGUCGAUAUCGACGUUCCAACCGUCACUGUGACUCCCACGGUGACUCCACGGCCAUUAACAACAGAGGAUAAUUAUGCUCCUGGGUCUGAACCGCGAGAACAGGACAUGAACGGGUCACGAGGGGUUCGAAAAGCUGGACGGCCACGUCUGGACAAAGCCGGGGGAGCGGUUCUAUCGGAGGAUCGCCGCAACCAAGUCCGUCGCGCUCAACGAACCUACCGUCUAAAGAAAGAAGCUACGCUGCAGCAAAUCAAGCAGCGCGUCGUCGAUCUCGAAAAGAAGCUCGACCGCAUAUCCUCGUCCUUCGCAGACAUGAUGCAGAAACUAGACCCUGGCGUCAAGGAGACAAGUCCCGCGCUCGUGCGAAGGCUGGAUGCUAUAUAUGCACUGUUAGCUGAUGGUUUGGACGAGACAUCAGCGUCAGUCUCGAGAGGAAGAUCGGGAUGCAGCAGCAGGAGUAUUGACAAUGCUUGCUCGGUUACUCAGAGACACGACCAGAGCCAGAGUCGGAGUCACCGUGCAGAUACUCUAGUCCACCUCGCCUCUAUCCCGACAUCCUCUCAUGCCGAUGCCCAUCCUAAUUCCGUCAACACCAUCCCUCCCACCCUCCUACAAACCCCCAUCUCCUCCAGCUCCUCACACCACGAGCGCACAUUCACUCACCACCUCCACCGUCUCAGCCUCGAACACGCCUUCCACCUCUUCAGCGAUGCGCGCUCGCCCCCUCUCAAAAUCUACCAAGUAUUUCGCCUCGUCCCCUGCAUCCGCGACAAAAGUAAAAUGGACCCGUACUUUCGUCGUCUGAUCAGCGCAAGCAUUGACGAGCCGCUCGAGCUACACACCUUACCUUUCUACUGUGUCGGCGGAGCAGGGACACAUUAUCCCCUGUUUGAUGGGUCGGGGAGGCCUGUUUAUCCGGUGAAUCGGAGACUGCCGAGACGGGUGUUGGGGGGUUUGUCGGUUGAUGAUGGGCUGGGUGCCGUGAGGGGAAGGAGUCAUGGUGGUAAGAGGGGAGGAUACGGGGGUAAAGAGGAACAGAGACGACUCCAGGCAUAUGGGCUUGGGGGAGUGUGGUUUGAUUGCCGAGAUGUGGAGGGGUAUUUGAAGGAGAACGGGGUUCGGUUUGACGGAGGGUUGUUUCCGGAGGUGGGUUCUGUACAGACAGGAAGGGAGGGGAAUGAUAGCGAUGCAGCCGAGCAGUUGCAGGCGUCGCUUUUGCAUUCGGUUCAGACGGAGAAUGAGAGGAAUGUGGACGAACCAUCAUCCGGGAGAGGAUGUCAGCGAAUCCUGGACAUCGAUUUAUUCUUUUCAAUGACAACCUCCGCAAACAACCCCUCCACCGCCCCCACAUCAGCACGAUACGUCCCCCCAACCGUCAAGAGAUGCAACGCCCUACUAAGCCCGACAAUCCUCGGCAAGAAGAACGAGCUACAACCCUCAGGCGCGAGCCCGAUGCGCGUGAACGGGAAACAGAUCUUUGCGGACGCGGAGGCGAUGCGCAACGUGCUGGCUAAUGUGAGUGUUAUACCGAAGCCGGAAGCGGAGCCGUUGAUUGCCGAGAUGGCCCGUAAACCCAACAGAGAGGUCACCGCCGGCACAAAAGACCGAUCCGCUGCCCGUGAGGAUGAUGACUUUGACGCGGUCAUCGGCGUCGAAGAGAUCGUAGGCGGAGAGGAGCUCGUUGAUCAUCUCGAAGGUCGCGACGGGGGUGUUGAAGGUGACUAG